AGAACCAAUGGUUCCAUUCUUAUCUUCCUCCGCCAAGGGAGAUGAUGGGCCUGUCGUCCCUGCGACUUCCCUCCCUUCGUACUAAUAUCGCCUCCCUUCCGGAUAAUUCCUUCUCUGUCUCCUCGCUCUCCUCCUCGUCGAAGAAUCCUUCUCAAGUCCCAGAUCUCGACGAGCUUGGCAGGAGUAGCCCGGAGCAGUGCCGUUGGAUGUGCGAGUCCCUCAAUGGCAUCGGCCGACAAAUCGUGCCCCAUAAGUGGUAUAGAGGAUGCUUUGAUGGGCUUUAUCACUGGCAAGAGAAAAGUGACGGAGGUAGCUCACUCUGUCUGGAAGAAUAUCAUUCAAAAAGGAGAUACAGUGGUUGAUGCUACUUGUGGCAAUGGGCAUGAUACGUUGGCAUUGCUUAAGAUGGUAGCUGAUGAAUCAGGCAGGGGAUGUAUUUAUGGAAUGGACAUUCAGAACUCUGCAUUAGAGAACACGUCAUCUUUAUUGGAGAAAUCAGUUGAUAGAAAUGAGAGGAAACUAGUUAAGCUCUUCUCACUUUGUCAUAGCAGGAUGGAGGAUGUUAUCCCAAAAGAUACCCUGAUUAGGCUUGUAGCGUUCAACUUGGGCUAUCUUCCGGGUGGAGACAAAACAAUAAUUACGAUGCCAGGAACAACACUAAUGGCAUUGUGUGCUGCUAGUAGAUUACUGAUGUCGGGGGGACUCAUCAGCAUCAUGGCUUAUGUGGGGCAUCCGGGUGGAAGGGAUGAACUGGAAACCAUUCAAUCUUUUACAUCUAGCUUGCCUGUCGAAUCUUGGGUAAGCUGCAAGUUUGAAAUGCUCAAUCGGCCAUCUGGGCCUGUUCUUGUUCUCGUAUCGAAGAAAUAAACUUGCUUGAAAAAAGCCCUGCAUCCCAGCAGAUCAAAAUGCUUGAAGCUUUUGGUCAAAGUUUUGGAUGGGCAGCACCUUGUUAGUUCCCAUUUCUGAAUGUGAACUCGUCAAGUUGUAUAACCAUAUGGAAUUUGUAUCUUACAAUUUUCUGAUGUUAGUAGUCUUGUGACCUGCAGAAAACUCAAAAAUAUCUCCAGCUUAAGGCAAGUUUACACAAGCAUUAUCCCUGUCCAGUAAGUUUUGGGGGUUCCAGGGGGUUUUUCAGAACUCUUUUUAAAGGUUCUGUUCUGGUUCCAUUCUAUGGUCAUUUAUGGCCUUUUUGAUAAGAUAAAUGUUGGUGGGAGUAUUCUAACUUCCUUUUCUUUGCUGGUUGAUGUUACAAAAUGUGGUGCACCUCAGUAACAUUAUUUUAUCACAUGAGCUCUAAUCUGUUUUACAA